CUUGCUGCUGCAGCAGCUAAAGUGAAUCACAAGUUGUGAUUUGUCUCUCAGGACAUUGGAGGAUUUUUUUUUGCGAAUGGUGACAUCAGCGGGUUGAUGUGAGAGUUUUUCACGCAGACAACCAACUAGUAAACAACCCACUUCCGGGUUAGCGUAACACUUGUUUUUCACAGUGUAUCGUGUUAGCCAGUUAGCCUAGCAACACACCACCGAGCCAACCACAGGACAUGCGCCACGUUAGCUAGCUAGCUUGGUCCCCGGUCCCCGCUGAGGAUGGACAGAGACCUGUUGAGACAGUGUCUCGUCUUCCACGGCGAGUCCCUGUUCAACAAGCUGAAGUGCGAGCAGACGGAGAACCCGGACUUCCAGGCGGUGGCACCCGACCUGUGCAAAGUCACCAGUGAGAGCCGGGGUGAGGAGCAGGACAACCCCCUUGUGGAGCAGUUCAUUGCCAGAAAGGCUGACAUCCUGUUCUGUCCGUCAUGGAAGACCACCACUCCUCAGGAAGAGGAGCACGAGGAGCAGGAGGAGGAGGCGGCAGAGCCCUAUGCCAUCAUGCCACCACUGGAGUUAUUCAUGGAGGUGUCGUACGAGGAGAGAAGAUCCACGCUGUACAGAGACUUGGAAAAGGGAGACAUUGUGGUGGGCAGGAUCAACAACAUAAGAGAUUACGGCUUCUUUCUCACUCUGCUGUGCAUGGCAGGAGGCCUGAAGAGAGACAUAGAAGACCUAGAGUUGUCGGCUCUGUGUCACAUCAGAGAAAUUCCCUCCACCGGCAACCACGACGAUCCUCUGUCCUACUACCAGAUCGGUGACUUCAUCAGAGCUGGAGUGAAAGACAUUGACCGCUACCAGGAGAAAGUCACCGUCUCCCUCCAACAGGCGUCUCUGUUGCCCAGCCUGGGGCACGUGAAGCUGGGGGUCAUCACCCGAGAGGAGCUGCCCGUACACUACAGUCGCAGCGUCCGUGCAGCCAGUGACUCCAGUGAGACGUAUGAGUUUAUUCUGAGGCACUGCCAUGGUUACCACAACCCCUCUGUAGUGGAAUACCUGCUGGACAAGGUGCGAAUCAGCGACACCCACCCACCAUCAAUGAUGAGGGGACUACAGAGUAAACUUUUCCAGCCGGAAGAUUUUGCCUCUGCCAUCAGGAAGAAGCAGUCUGCAGCCUGGGCCUUGAAGUGUGUACGUGCAGGUGUGGACCUCUUCAAACAUGGCCGUCAUGUGGAAUCUAUGAAUGAAUAUAACAAGGCCUUGGAGAUCGACACUAACAAUGUAGAAGCGCUGGUGGCAAGGGGAGCUCUGUACGCUAACAAAGGCGGCAUCAUGAAGGCCAUAACAGAUUUUGAGAAGGCUCUGGAAAACUGUCCAGAUCACCGCAACGCCAGGAAGUACCUCUGCCAGACGCUGGUGGAGAGAGGAAAACAGCUUGAAGAACAAGAAAAACUGGUGACAGCGGAGGGAUUGUACAGGAGAGCGUUGUCUCUGGAUGACUCGAACCCGGAGGCACAACAGGCCCUGCACAAGAUCACAGACGCGAUACAGAAAUCGAUUCGCCUGCAAGAAGAAGCGCUGGCUAAGGAGCAGGUGAAAGAUAAGAGCGGCCAGACCAGCGCUGAGAAAUUGCGUAAGAUCUUAAAAGAAGAGAAGAGAAUGAAGAAAAAGCGGAAGAGGUCAUCAUCUUCCUUGUCAUCGUCCUCAGCUUCCUCCAGGAACUCCUCUGCUUCCUCAUCUUCCUCCUCCUCCCGUAGGAGGUCCAAAAAGAAGAAAAAGAAGCGUAGGAGGUCCGAGCGUGGAAGUAAACGCCACCGUAGGAUCUCCUCAAGGGGGAGCAGGGGGAGUGAGGAGGGUAAGAGUGAGAGAAAUGGGGGGAAGGAUGAGGAUGAGGUGGAGUGGUUUCCCGCACCUCCAAACACCUCCGCCACCUUUCUCAACAAGAAGGGAGGCCCAGGGUUUGGAGAGGGGGAUGAUGAGGAGGAGGAGGAGGAGGAGGUAGAGGAGAAGAUCGGUGAAGAAAGACGGAUCUCUCAGCUUUAUUCUUUGUCGGCAGCUUCAGAUAACGAAGAUUCCGACUCCUCACGUAGAGAAACCAAGAGAAGGGAGAGCAAGGAGAGCAGGACUGGGAGAAGGAAGAGCAGGAGCCCAGAAAGAAAGGAUAGACGGAGCAGAAGUAGCGUAAAGAAGGAUAAACACAGGGAAAGGGAGAAGGAGGAUAAAGGGAGGAACAGUGACUCCAGGAGGAGAAGUAGCUUAGAUGAGAGCAGGAAGCGGAAAGUCUCGUGCUCAUCAGUGGACUCGGAGUAUUCACGGAAAUCUAGUUUAUCUGGUUCUGCUUCCAAACUCCUGGAGAACAAGUCAAAGAGGAACUCUGUUGAUGGCAGUAGGUAUGACAACAGAGGGAGGGAGGACGUGAGCGAGGUACAAGAAGUGAAAAGAGAGAAGGAGCCUAGACAGGGGGGGGCGGAGGGAGAAUUGGGUAAAAGUGCUGGAAAUCAGAAGGAACAGAGAGGUGUGUCCGGGGAGAGCUCGAAGAAACCGCUUCCCUCCAACCUCCUCGAUAUCUUCAGCCAGAUCGCAAAGUUUGAGAAGGAUAAAGGAGUCGGGCCCAAAAAAUAACUUCAAAACAAAAGCCCAGAAAAGGCCAAAAACAAGUGUUUAAAAAAAAGAAAUGGAUGUUUGUGCCAUUAAUUCAACUGAGAAACUGUCGGUUGAAUGGGACAAGUCGGUGUCACUGUGGCAAAAAGAGGGAUUUUGAUUUGAAUUGUGAAAUUCUUUCUGGGGGAUUUAAGGCCUGUAGUGAGCUGUAAGUUUUGCUGGAUAUUAGUUGUCAUAACAAAUGUUCAUCUGAAAAGAUAAACAAUUAAUAAACAAUUGAAGAAAACAUCUAAUAAUGUGAAAACCUCAUAUUACUAUUGUGAACGCUGGUCAUUAGUGAAAAUUCAUUAAUUUCUAUCUGAUAUAUCAUAUUGAAAGAUAAUGUGACCAAAUAUGAUUUAUGUAUCAAAGAGUUAUUUAGUCAAUAUCAUACAUGAGCUGUGGUAAUUUCCCACUUUACAAGCUACUGCAUUAGUUGUCCUGUAUGUGUCACAUCAGCUGCUACAGGCUUUAACAUGUGUUGUUCUUUGUUUAUCUCAAAUUGAGACUUUUCUCUUAAAGGUUAUAUAUAUAUAUACUGUAUAUGACAUUUACUGCCACUAGAUGUCGCUCUCUCACCAGCACUCAUGUUCUCAGUUGACCAAAAACUGAAAACAGUUCAAACCAAACUUGCUAAAAAAUAACUAACACAAACUGACCUAAAACUAUAGUAAUCAUCUUAGAGCUAAAUACGUUUUGAUGCUCAGAUCCAAACACUUGGUGGGAGGGUCACUUCGUUUUCAUGGUCAUCAUUUCUCCAUGUUUUUAAAAGGAGAAUAAUUCUUGGCUGUGAUAUUAAUGAUCAUAAUCUCAGAUAUAUAACCUUUAAUAAGAUUCUGCCUUGUGUCCGUUUGUCUGAUCUUUCUGUGGCUUGUUGAAUAUCUUCCCAGACAACUUGACUGUUAGUUCCACUGUUCUUUUUUCAGCUUUAUACGAUACAGAUGUUCCAGUUGUGUGCCAACACGUUUUCUCUUGUCGUGAAACAAACUCGAUGAAUAAAGCGUUUACAAUGUCAACACUA